UGCUGUGCGCAGGCGCGGCGAGGAAGGCCGGGCGUGCGCGCGCGUGCGCAGUGGACGUCGGGCGGCCCGGGACCCCCAGCCCCAGCGCAGCCGCCAUGGGGCCCCGCCGGCCGCCCGAGCUCUACCGGGCCCCGUUCCCGCUCUACGCGCUGCAGAUCCACCCGCGCGGGCUGGCCCUGGCGGCGGGCGGCGGCGGCGCGGCCCGGACCGGCGUCAGGAACGGCCUGCAUUUCCUCCAGCUGGAGCAGAUUGGGGGUCAGCUCAGCGCCUCGCUGCUGCACUCCCAUGACACGGAGACCCGGGCCACCAUGAGCAUGGCGCUGGCUGGCGACGUCAUCGCGGCAGGGCAGGAUGCCAGCUGCCACAUCCUCCGCUUCCGCCUGCAGAGGCCCGACGAGAAAAGCGGUGGCAGUCCCCCCGGCAAGGCUGGCGGUGCGGAGAAGGGCCCCCGGAAGCGAAAGGCCUCCAACCGCUCUGAGAAGGGUGAGGGCGACACGAGGAGCGAGACGGGCGAGGUGGCUGUGGAGACGCUGUGCAACGUGCAGACCGACUUCAGCCCCGAGGCGCUGCAGAAGGCCGUGCGUGUCAGCGCGGACCAUUCGCUGCUGGCCACGGGCGGCGCCGACGGCUUCCUCCGAGUCUGGGAGUUCCCCAGCAUGAAGAAGGUGUGGGAGUUCAAAGCACAUGACGGGGAGAUUGAGGACAUUGCGCUGGGUCCCGACAACAAGGUGGUGACGGCGGGCCGGGAUUUCCAGUGCUGUGUGUGGCAGAGGGACCAGCUGGUGCUGCGGCUGCGCUGGGACGAGAACAUGCCGGGUGUCCCUGACAAGACCUACCGCUACCAGGCCUGCAGGUUUGGGGCGGUGCAGGACCAGGCAGAGGAGCUGCGACUCUACACGGUGCAGGUGCCCCACAAGCGUGAGCGCCGCCCCCCACCCUGCUACCUCACCAAGUGGGACGGCAAAAGCUUCCUGCCGCUGCUCACCCAGCCCUGCGGGGGCGAGGUCAUCUCCUGCCUCUCCAUCAGUGACUCGGGCACGUUUCUGGGGCUGGGCACCGUGACAGGCUCGGUUGCCAUUCACGUCUCCUUCUCGCUGCAGGCAGCUUCCCCAUGUGGCUGCUGCUGCUGCUCUGUGCUGGCCUGGUGGUGGCCACCAUCCUGCUGCUGCAGCUGGCCUUCCCCGGCUUCCUGUAGCUGUGAGGAGCCCCGCGGGCGGGGGCUGGGCUCUGGCCUGGCCCUGGGGACAGCGAGAGAUUCCCCUGCCUGGGGCACGGCGGGACAUCGCCCCAGGGCUGCGGGGUCCUCGCCUGCCUGGUCCUGCCCGGCUCCCCCCCAGGACAAUGUGAAGCAGCUCAGAGACCUGCAGCCCCUUGGCCCCACGCCGGGUGCUCCUGCUCAGAGCCUGGCCCUGCCCGGCCCGGCCCUGCCCACCCCUGCUGGAGCCAGGGGGCACAGGCCACUGGUGAGCUGCCCGUGGCGGGACGUGUGCUCCCGGCGUCUCCCUGGGCUGAGCUCUUGGUGACGGUGAGAUGUUCUGGCUGGGCCCGGCUGGCUCAGUUGUGGCACGGGGCUGAGAGCUGGCUCUGGGGGGGUGGGCAGAGCCCAGCUUGUGCCAGUUGGCCCCAUGACGCCCAUCCAGCUGUGUGCCAGCAGGGCCAACCCGCGCUCCUGCAGCUUGUUGGCUGCCAUUAAAACUGGAGUCUGA